GUGUCAAAUUAGAAGUGCGGUGUAACUUUUUAAUAAAGAAAAAGCAAACAAUUUGAUGUACGAUAUACAUACGCAUGUACAUGUCGUAAAAUUAAAUAUAAACAUUUCAAACUAUUCUUUUGAUUCCAAUUCGGUUAUAGAAAUCACAAACCAAACGUGUGCACAACGAUUUAAAACGUUUCAUAUUAGGAAGUAGGACAUCUGACCUGCGGUCUCAGUCUAGAUAAGAACUUUCGUUGAGGCGGUGUGUAGUUUGCGCUUGGACCUACGCCUGCUUAGACUGGAUAUAGACAAUAGAUGAUACCGUUUCUGUCUGUGCUCGUGUUAGCGGGAUGUCUAUUUCCCGGAUCCAUAGGGGACACCUACUGCACCGUAGACGAUGACACACCUGUGUUCAGCGCCCCUGAUCUCGGCUCUAGAGUUGUCACACUGGUCGAGAGAAACACGUGUUUCAAUGGUGACAUGGAAGGGGAAUGGCUAGUCCUUCAAGAUAAUCCAAUUCAUUACAUACAUGGCUACACAGUAAACGAGGAUACUGAAUCAGGCGCUGAUAUAAACGGGUAUCAAGAAUAUGAUCCUUGGUAUAAACAAAGUGUUCGUUCAAGAUGCGUGGAUGUCGAAGGAAUAAACACCUGCGCUGGCGCACGAUCGAUUCCCAAUAACAGACAAGAAAAACGAUUUCUAACGGGUGAUGCAAAAUGGAUACAGUGGACAUCAUGGUCUGAAUGUGACUCCACUGCAUGUAAUGUCGAGGGAACGAGGAAUCGUACACGACAGUGCUUUGUACUGACCCCAAAUGUCCAAGCGAAUUGCAAUGGCGGUGACACGAUAGAAUCCCAGAGGUGCACAAAACCCUGUAUCGUGCCUUGUUCCGACAGCUAUACGUGGUCGCUAUGGCAUGACUGUAACAAAGCUUGUGAUGGUAUUACAACGAGGACGGGAAUAUGUCAGAAUGGCACUGUAAAUGUCACCAUUUCAGAGGAAAAAAAUUGUACCCGUGACUUAUGCCCAGUUGAUGGAGCGUGGUCCGAAUGGGGGACAUGGGGUGAUUGUUCAACAAAUGUGAGCCUGGUACAAGGAUUUCGUUUCAGAUACCAUCAGUGUUUACCGACCAAUCGACAUGGUGGAGCUGAUUGUCAGGGGAAAACAUUUGAGACUGGCAUGUGCAUGGGAUCUGAUUGGGAAGAAUGGGGUCAAUGGACUAAAUGUUUGAGUACAAAUUGCUCGAAAGGUACAACAUUAAGAAUGCGAUAUUGCAAAAUCCAAAACUGUACUGGCGCUCCAUACGAAGAAAAAGAUUGCUAUCUCAAAGAUUGUCCAAUUAAUGGCGCCUGGGGAGCCUGGGAGGGCUGGACUUUCUGCAAAUGUGACGGCUUACGUGUACGAUAUCGCCAUUGUGACAGCCCGCCUCCCACAAACGGUGGACAGGAUUGCCAGGAUAGCCGAUACGAAGUGGGAGUGUGCAACAAGACAAGCAAUUGUUCAGUUGACGGUAGCUGGGGAGCUUGGGAGGGCUGGUCAGUCUGCUACUGUAACGGAUUUCGUCCGCGAUAUCGCAAAUGUGACAGUCCGCCUCCCUUGACUGGCGGACAGUAUUGCAACGGUUCUGAUUUCGAAGUGGGUUUGUGCAAUCGAACAAGCAACACUAACUGUCCCGUUGAUGGAAAGUGGACUGACUGGUCAGCGUGGUCAACUUGCUCUGUAAGCUGCGAGAAUGGAACUCAAUCUCGAAACCGGAACUGUACUAACCCACCGCAAGCAUAUGAAGGAAAAGAUUGUGGUUCAGAUGACAGCGCGUUUCAGAAUUGCAGUAUCUCGAUACCUUGUCCAGUUUCUGGUGGUUGGUCUACGUGGAGUGACUGGUCGAGCUGCUCUGCCACGUGUCAGGCGCCGGGUCUGCAGUACCGUAACAGGUCAUGUGACAAUCCACCUCCUGACAUCGAUGGACAGAACUGUACUGGCGAUGUAGGAGAAACACACAACUGCAAUGGAUUAGGUGCCUGUCCCGUUGCUGGUGGUUGGUCCACGUGGAGUAACUGGUCUAUCUGCUCCGCCACGUGUCAAGCGACGGGUAUGCAGUAUCGUAACAGAUCAUGUGACAGUCCAACUCCUGAAAACGGUGGACAAAAUUGCACUGGCGACGUAGAAGGCAUAAGGAACUGCAAUGGCACAGGACCUUGUCCCGUCGAUGGCGGCUACUCUAAUUGGCUGCAGUGGUACGAUUGCUCUGCAACAUGCGAUGGAGGAGUCAAAUAUCGUUCUCGUGAAUGUAACAACCCACAUCCCCAGAACGGGGGUAGCAAUUGCAGUGUCCUCGGAAAGAGCACUGAUGAGCCAAUAGUCUGCAAUAUACAACCGUGUCCUGUUGACGGGAACUGGGGAUUGUGGUCGAACUGGAGUGGAUGCGACGUGACCUGUGGUAACGGCACGAGGACCAGAGACAGACUGUGUGAGGGGAUUAAAUACGAUGGAAAGAACUGCUCUGGAAAUGCGCUUCAAACUGGAGCUUGCCAUGUAGUGGUCUGUCCAGUCGAUGGCGCCUGGGGACAGUGGGCAGAAUGGAACGUAUGUAACUGUAACAACACACAGCCACGUGUCCGGAAGUGUGACAGUCCAGCACCGGUAGGGUCAGGUCAGCAGUGUUUAGGAUCGCCAUGGGAUACCAAAGUCUGUGCAAACAAACCAACAACGUGUCCUGUGGAUGGCAAGUGGGGAAGUUGGUAUCCUUGGAGUGAAUGCUCUACGACCUGUGGUCCUGGUGAAAUGUUACGGCUCAGGUUAUGCAACAACCCGCGCCCACAAUAUGGGGGUCUUUAUUGUGAUGUUCAUGAGAAGGGGGAGACGGAGCUUAAGGGGUGUCAAGGACCGCCCUGUCCAAUCAACGGGAGCUGGUCAGACUGGAGCGCGUGGGCCAAGUGCAGUGUCACGUGUGGAAUUGGUUCCCACUCCAGGAACAGGUCAUGCGACAACCCUGCACCCGCCCACGGUGGAGUUGACUGUGCAGACAACGACAAUGAAACUGAGAGCUGCACAAUUAAACCUUGUCCAAUUGACGGCAGCUGGUCCGGGUGGAGCGUUUGGUCUUUCUGCGAUGUAAAGUGCGCUAACGGAACCCGAAAUAGACACCGUACCUGUGAUAGCCCUGCUCCUAAAUAUGGCGGGCAGCCGUGCAAUGAGACAGCGGAUCAGUUCGAGACAUGUCAGGAGAAACCUUGUCCUAUUGACGGUAUGUGGUCGAGUUGGCUGUCCUGGACGUCGUGUUCCGUCACGUGUCUAAAUGGUAUCCGAUCUCGUAACCGCCUCUGUGACUCGCCGGCCCCGCAACAUGGAGGCAGCGACUGUACAGGACAAUAUAACGGCACUGAGACGUGUACACCGCGUGACAACUGCGAUGUUGAUGGCGGUUGGACAGAGUGGGGCCUUUGGAGUUUGUGUGAUGUUACGUGUGCAACCGGACACCACAUCAGGUACAGACUAUGUGAAAAUCCGACGCCAGAAAACUUUGGCAAGUACUGUGAAGGACCUGAAAACGAAUUAGCGGAAUGCUUCGACAAGCCUUGUCCAAUUGACGGUGGAUUUGGUGCCUGGAUGGCGUGGGGUUCGUGUUUUCCUUCCACUGGUUAUGGACUUAAGACGCGUUCACGUGUCUGUAACAACCCACAACCAAAUUAUGGAGGCCGAAACUGUCAAGGAAAUUACACAGAACAACUCCAGUGUUGUGACAGCGACUGUCCAGUGGAUGGUGAUUGGUCCGACUGGUCUACCUGGUCCGACUGUCCUGCUGACUCCGUUGUUAACACGAACAAGUCUAGAACACGCACCUGUUCCAUGCCUCCUCCACAGUUUGGUGGAGCCAAUUGUACCGGAGAUAGCGUAGAAACGGACUGCUGUCCAGUCAAUGGCGGCUUCGGUGCAUGGACAGACUGGUCGGUGUGCAGUGGCAACUGUACAGACGCACACAGGGAGAGAGUUCGUCACUGUAAUAACCCCAGACCUUUAUGUGGUGGUAGAUACUGUGGGCCUGGAAAAGAAGUGGACCAUACUUGUAUACCUGAUCGCUGCACAACAACAACAACAACAACAACAACAACAACAGCUUCACCAUCAGCAGGGUCACCAGCAAUCAUAGCAUCAAACAUGACAGAAGCAAUAACACCAACCACUACAAUUGCUUCGACGUCAGGACUAAUACCGGCAGUUACAUCAGCAGCAUCUGUGACCACAACAACAGCAACUCAAUUAUCAACUUCGACAACACAAGUUACUGCAGGUAAUUCUCCAACUGAUGUAUUGUCAUCUACGAGUAGUCCAGUCAAUAGUGCAACAACGUCUACGGCAGGUUCAAACAACGAUGACGGCGGCACAUCAAAAACAACUACAGGUAGUUUACCAAUCAACUCAACUGCGAUUAGUCCAACCGAGACUUCAACCGCUACUACAACAUUACCUCCAACAACUACUACAACAGGACCCAGCGGCAUAUCGGAAACGACAACAGGUAGUUUACCAAUCAACUCAACUGCGAUUAGUCCAACCGAGACUUCAACCGCUACUACAACAUUACCUCCAACAACUACUACAACAGGACCCAGCGGCAUAUCGGAAACGACAACAGGUAGUUUACCAAUCAACUCAACUGUGAGUAGUCCAACCGAGGCUUUAACCGCUACUUCAACAUUAACUCUAACAACUACUACAACAGGACCCAGCGGCAUAUCGGAAACGACAACAGGCACUGCCGUCCGCCCAACAGCGGCUGCACAUCCUAUCCAGUGCACAUUGUGUAAGGUCAACCCGCAGCUGUGCUUUGUCCUCACUAAGGUGGAGAUGUGCCCUGACUCCUACUGCAUCAAUGAAGUCACAAACAAGGAAGACGGCUCCAAAUGGGUUGACAGAAGAUGUGGCACUUAUGACGAGUGUGAGAACGACUGGUGGCACAGCACAAGUGAUGAUCCAGACUGUCAGGACUACAAACCAGACCAGAACACGAUGAAGGACAUCCACUGUACCUACUGCUGUACCACGGACAACUGUAACAGGGAUAUCAAGCCUGCUCAAGACACCCUCUACACGCAUCCCAAGAAAUAGACAAGCAACUUAUUCGUUUUUCUCGAAUGUUGCUUAUGUUCAUCGUUUGCGUGUUCAUAGCGCAAUAAAAACUAGGCUUGUU